CUCUAGAAGCCCUCUCGAAGCAUACGACGCGGAACCACCUACACGGCAUGAGAUUUAUGUAGAAGGGAGACAGUGGCUCUACAGGAACAGGAGCGAGAGGCGAGGAUUCAUUAACCGUUUACUAGCUUCCCUUGUUAAAGACAGACAGUUUCCUUUCUUCUCCUUGCCGGCUUCCGACUCAUCUAUUUGGAUUGUUCUUGCCUUUGAAUUCUACGAAUUUAAUAUCUGCCUUGUUUCGCUUCCCCCCUUCUUUUCUCACGUCUCGACAUUCUUCGGCGUACCACGUUUUUCUCUUUGCUUCCCCACAUCCGGCUAAGCAGAGUACGGCGCAAUGAUACAGCUCGCUAUGAAUUACCACCACACCGAUGAUCAGCGAGCGUCGGGCUUGGGCAGGCAAGCCGCCGCUAAGCCGGUCCCAUUCAAGCAGAGCUACUCAAAGCAAGGCCGGCACGCAAAGCCUCAGCCCUUCGAUGCUGAUGAUCUGCGCCGGCGACUUUACGUAGUGAUGGCGGAGCAGAACCGCAGGGACAGGCUGCAAGAAGAAGAGAGGUCGACACCGAAGAGGGAGCAGGCCGCACCAUCAAAUCGACCGGGGACGAAGAAGACGGAUACAGCUGCCCCCAAUCCGGCCAUUGCGCACCCAGAGGCUAGCGAGGCCAGUUUUUCGGCAAGAAUAGGGAAAAGUAGGAUUCCUGUACCGAGUUCGCUAUCGAAGGAAACCCGCGCCCGCUCGUCAGAACCGAAGCUGGGGCGGCCAGCGUCGAAACCCACCCAAAACCAGUUGCGGCGCAAACCGUCAUCAUCGCCGUCGGCAACCGAGUCGACAGUGUCCCCAACAGAGAACCUCACAAGAAUCCCGUCUCCGUCGGCUGCAGCAUAUCAUCAUGUCCCGCAGCAGGCCGCGGCGCAAUUCGAGAGAACCGCGACGGCUAACGGCAUGCGCGAGAGAAACGUAGUCCACAGCUUAUCCCAAGCCGCGCUCCGCUUCCACGCCGAGGGCCGGCCGUUAGAGUUCGCCGAGCUCGACGCUGGUCUGACGCCGGCGCAGCAGAACUCCGCUCUGCGGAGGGCACGGAGCUAUCGCGAGAAGAUUCACGAGCGCAAUCAAUUCCAGGACCCUCGGCCCGUCUCGGACGAGCGCAGCGGCAGCUUUGUGGAAGAGGCCCGCGCGCAGAACGGCCGCCGCCGGUAUAGCAUGCCAGUCAAGCCGGAGAGGAAGGGAGGUGGUGGGGGCGGCAUCGGAUUUAUCCCGGAGAACUACGAGGUGCCGCCAGUGGCGUCUCUGGGCCCCGCACCCGUUGACGAGAUACGCUUAGAGGAGACGCAGGUCGUCGAUCCGCCGAUCAUAACACGGGACCACCGUGUCGACUGGUCGCAGAGCGACGAGCCCGGCGAGAAACCCAAGACAAUGAAGGUUCCGCUGCUAAAGAGGGUAGACUCCAUAUGGACACUCAAGGGCAAGCUCGGGCAUCUGGGGAAGGGAGGCAGUAAGCCAGACGAAAAGAUGCCGACGGUUCGGGAGAAGCAGGAGUUGGGGCCUACGUCGCCUUCGUCAUCCAAGUUCCCGAAAUUGGGGUUUUUUAGCAGGUUCAGGCGAAUGUAGAGAAGAUAUAAGGGGAGGGGGAAACGACCACAUAGCAUGACCGCCAUGAAAAAGACGUAGACGACGUGCGCUCCCUCGAGUCUCACCCAAGGC